AGCCAACUAAUUUCUUCCAUGGUUUCAAAUUCUUAUCUCUAACUCUCUCUCUCUCUCUCUCUCUCUCUCUCUCUCUCUCUCUAACUCGCAAUUGCAAAUGACUUCUGCAACUGCUCUCCAUCUUCGAUUGCUCGAAUGCUGCUGUGCAGCGACUAUCCCCAAAACUUCCAUUUUCAAACCCUCCUUCUCUCUAAAGCAAAUCCACUUCCCUCUCUCUUCUAUUCACCUCAAAUUGAAGACUUCUCCUACCAGAAUCGUCCCAUUCGCCGCUGACACCUCGGAUUGGGGCGCCGACGAUGAAGGGGCAGCCGCUACGGCCGUCGAUUCUUCUUCGUGGGAGAGCGGCGAGGAAAUUGUGGAAGGCGAUGGCGGCGAGGAGUCAUUUGUUCAGCCUUCGGAGGAGGCGAAGCUCUUCGUCGGAAAUUUGCCGUACGAUAUCGACAGUGAGAAAUUGGCGCAGCUUUUUGACCAAGCUGGGGUUGUGGAGAUUUCUGAGGUGAUUUACAAUAGGCAGACGGAUCAGAGCCGAGGAUUUGGAUUUGUAACAAUGAGCACGGUGGAAGAAGCUGAGAAGGCUGUUGAGAAGUUCAAUGGCUAUGAUAUAAACGGAAGAGUGUUGACGGUAAAUAAGGCAGCACCUAGAGGUUCUCAGCCGGAAAGGGUUGUUAGAACGUACGAGCCUUCCUUCAGGAUGUAUGUUGGUAACUUGCCGUGGCAAGUGGAUAAUGCUCGCCUCAUGGAGCUGUUCAGUGAACAUGGCGAAGUCGUUGAUGCCAGAGUGGUGUUCGACAGGGAGACUGGAAGGUCGCGUGGAUUUGGCUUUGUCACGAUGUCGACUGAGGCAGAAUUAAAUGACGCUAUAGCUGCCCUUGAUGGACAGAAUGUGGAUGGGCGUGCAAUUAGGGUUAAUGUUGCAGAGCAGAGACCGAGACGCACCACCUUCUAAUUGAAAUUCAGUGUUUAUUUAUGUAUUUUUUGAAUUAGUAAGUUUGGCUUAUGAGGGACUUUCUAAAUCUUCAUCUCCAAUUUUGUUCUGAACUCCGAUUGUAUUGUGAAGUUACUUCAUCAUACACACUGAUUUGAUA